UUAUCGACGUUGCUGGGACUCUGUCGUGCGCGUCUGUUACGUGCUGCCGGCCUGCCGGAGCUGAUGAGGUUAUGGCCCCUUUAAGACGCGCGUAGGGGUGUCGGCGAAACCCUAAUGUACCGACAGUCCACAAAACCGAGGGGAACCAUCGAAGUCACCGGAGGCACUUUAAAUGUGGAGCCGGCCGCCUGCGCCUCCGAGCGCUCCUGUGUGCUAAAUGCACGCAUCCGUAUAUUUAUACCUGCACUCGAAUCAAUACUGCUGGAUGGUGGCGGCCAUGAGGUUCACAGAAGACAUACGCAGGCUGUUUGGGAUCGGGAUCGGGAUCGGUACUUCCGAGCGAAAGGGAGAGCAGCCUGAAUGUGGAAGUGCAGAGAUCUCCAACCAGAGGGCCAACGACGCUGCUCUGACUCCGGAUGGCCUUAUGGGAGAGGAGGGCUUCAGCGAGGAGGAGCGGGCCAGGCGUCGUGCAGAGAGACGCAGAGCUAAGAGGAAGCGGCAGCGACAACGGAAGAAGUUGGAACAAGUUGGAAAGAAUGAAAGUGCUGAGCAGGAUGAGGAGGAUGAGGAUGAGAAGGACUCUGUGCAGCUGGAGUCUGAGGAGAGCGGAAGCGAAAAGGAGGACGAGGUGGUGAUCUGUCAAGGAGUGCCUGUCCAACUGCUUGCAGCUUCAGGGAACAGGGGUGAUCACCAUGCAUCAUGCAGCCCUUGUGAAGAGGACCCGGGUUGGGACGUCAGCAGUGCCUUCUACGCCAAUGCUGCCAGCCACAUCAAGCCGAAGAGCCGCUUGGGGAGGAGUCAGGGGUCAAAGGAGAACAAAGAGAACGAAGUCAGGACCAGGGAGGUGGACCCUGCAGAUCUUGUGGCCAAGCGGAGCACGUCGUUGGCCGAAAAGGGCAUUAAGCUGUGGAAAGAGCAGAAGUACACUCAGGCCGUCAGUAUGUUUACAGAAGCUAUUCACUGCGAUCCCAAAGAUCACAGGUUCUUUGGGAAUCGUUCCAGCUGUUAUGAGUGCCUGGGUAACUAUACCUUGGCCCUCGCGGAUGCUGAGGAAUCCAUCCGGCUGGCACCCCACUGGCCCUAUGGGUAUUUCCGUAAAGGACGGGCACUGAUGGGAAUGAAGCAGUACGACAAGGCAGAAGAGGCCAUGGAGCAGGUGCUCAAGCUGGAUGCGAACUGCAAGGAUGCAACCUAUGACCUGUACAACUGCAAGUUGCAGCAGCUCUUGGGAAUGGGCUUUCAGGAACCACAGAGCAAACAGCUGCUGGAAAAGUAUGCCACUGUGCAAGACGCAGUCACCUCUCCUGAGGCGGCAAGAAUACUGGAUCUCAAUUCUGUGCAGAAUCAGUCAGGGUCCCCAUGCGUAUCAUUGUGGGUGGGGAAUGUCACCACAGAUGUCAGCGAGAAGCACCUUUUGAGCCUUUUCAAAACCUUUGGAGAGAUUGAGAGCAUACGAGUUCUUCAUGAACGCUUUUGUGCCUUUGUUAACUUCAGAAACUCCAACAUGGCUGCCCUUGCAAUGGAGAAGCUACAGGGAGUAGAGAUUGAGGACACCAAACUUGUGAUUCGGUAUCCAGAUCGUCAGAGAGCUGUGCCCUCACCACAGAGGCCCACCUCAGGCACCGUCCCCCUGUCAUCCCAACUGACCUCAGCUGCUGGAUCCAGGCGCAAGGGUCCCACAAAUGGGGAUGAGUGUUACUUCUGGAGGACCUCUGGUUGCUACUUUGGGGACAAGUGCCGUUACAAGCACAUCCCAGAGCAGCGUGGCCGGGACAGGAAGCCCUGGCAGCCGUCAUAACCCAUUUUAUUUGCCCCACAUAUUUUAGCCCAUCAGCACAACAAAAAAAAGGAGGGGAGAGGACUAUAGAUCAGCAGGACUGGGAUCUCAUACCACUUUGGUAUAGCGCCUGUUAAGACGAACUUCCUUUCUUAUUACCUAAAUUAUUUUUUGCACAGUUCCAGCUGGCUGCACAAGCUACAUGUUGUCACAGAGUGCUAGUCAGUUUGUGAAAACGAUGGUACUGGAAUGGAUGUGGAGACUGGUAAAUUGAUAAUUCCAUACUUAAUGGUCAAGUCGCUUACUAGCGGUGGUGGUUCAUAUCUGCCAUAGUUAGUUUAACCGAUAUGCUUUUUCCUCAAAUCCAACCAAAGGCAGUCGACAGAAUGAGUUAAGAUGUCAAAUCCAUUUUCUAGUUAAAUCCAACCUUCGUUUGUCCAGUAUAGAAACACAGCGGCCCUAAAUGCAAGAUGCCUCAUUUCCUUUGACAUUCGACCUGGAAGGAAGAAAUGGAUGUCACUGGUAGUCCCUUUGAGUGACACCCUUCCAUGUGCCCCUAUGUGUCAGUUUACUUUUUUAAAACCAUCUUUUACACCAUGUUCAGUUUACUAUAGAGAAGGAGAAAACAUUUUGAAGAAACGGUCCUUUUGCACUUCUUAGGCUCCAUUUCCAGCUUCUCUUGAACCGUGGAAAGGGUCAACAUUUUCUAAACGCACAUAAUCUGUGGUGGCUCUUGACAGUAUCCUUUGUCAAGUCGUCUUUCUGCGGGAAGGGUGGAUUUGAAGGGGUGCACUGUAGCUAAAUUAUACAAACACAAGAGCUUCCCUUCAGCAUACUUGCCAAUGGACUGAGUGUUUGUUCGAGUGUGGAUGAAGGGAUGUCAUCUGAUUUGUAUACUGGGCUUUCUGUAGGUUUUAUGUGAUAUUGAGAAUGGCUUUUUUUUCGCCCACAUCCAAAGUGAAAAGAGGGGUUGUUACAGUAUUUUAUUUUAUAUGUGCGUCUUCAUGUUUUAGCUUGGGUUCUUGGAUAGGUUUUGUAGCUAGGAGACUGCACUUAGGGGAUUUGUUUUACAUUAUCACCCUUUGUAAUUCUCAGGCCUAAAUGCCCUUACAUCCCUCAACCACUAGAUGUCAGGUUUUACACCAGCAGGGAUUCAACCUUUAGAUGUUAAACUGUUUACUGUCUUUUGAUUCUGCGAAGAAUCGAGUCAGUUAAAGGAGCUGACUUGUCUUGAACAAGUUUAUCGGUGUCAGGAGUUUACAAAGUCAGAAAAUCUAGAGUGUAGUCUUAGGAUUAAACGCAGUCCAGGCUAACACUGAGGCAUUUUGAAUGUUAACUGACUUCAAAGUAGAACUUUUGAAUAGACCCUCAUGUUUAGUCUGUUCAGUCUUUUACUGACUUGUUGUUUCUGUAUCAGAACUCCAAAAUUAAUUUUUAUUGAUUAUGCAAACAUUUUUGUUGUCCUGUGUUCACAUUCACUUCUGGGCUUUACAAAAUUGACUUCGGAAAGAUUGACUGAAUCAGCUUCCUGGUUUUACUUUUUUACUAGAUUUUCCUUUAUGAAGUUUCUGGGUUUUAGGUUCUCAGGAAAAGGGAAUAUGUACCACUCGUUAUAUUUCCACCCUUGUUUAUUUUCCUAUAACAAUAUAUUAUUACUGUUCGGUUAUGUGUCAUGAAAAUUACUACUAUGCAGAAAUUGCAGAGGACCAUUGGGAGAAUUUCAUACACUAUGCCAUAAGCACUUGCUGGCGUUGUGCUGAUUGCAAAGAGAGGAAUGUACUGACUUCAUGCUAAUUGGAGUCCAGCUGCCGGAGAUGCUAAUGAGUAGAGGAUGGUUGUAUGGGAACCAAAGAUGCAACGUGCCUUUGCUGUUCACACUCAGUCGCUUUGUAUGUAUUUUGCUGUGGUUUCCACAAUCACAACAUGGAGGGAGACAAAACAGUGGCAUUAGGGUGACAAGAUUAGUGUGAUUGAGCUUAUGUGCUUGAUGUUUCCUAAUACAUUAUUUGUAGCUUGCUAUUCUCUGGCAUUAAUUAGAAGGCCUCUUCACAGGAGGUAGCUGGAUUCUGUGUGUGUGUGUUUUUUUUUUUGGGGGGGGGGGGUGGGGUGGACCAUAAGUGUCUUGGGGACCUUUCAUAUAAAGCAUGUUGUCAGGUCCCAUUCAUCUUAAUAUCCUGUUUUUCUUGCCUUGCAUGGUCCAGAUCUCAUGUGUUGUCUUUGAGAAACCUCAAACUGGAAGCUGUAAUGGUCAGAAAGACUUGGAUAAUCUCUCUGUUUUCUUAGUAGGCCCUUUGUAUUAGUGAUGCCCGAUGCGUUCUCCGGGUGGAUACACACGUCAUGUUCUCUUUACACUGAGUACUGUCCGAAAGGAAGGGGGGGUUCUGUAGGACUGCUAAGUCAUACACUGCAAAGCCUGGAAUACUCCAUUCUGUAGUCAAACCUUUUAUUCUUUUAAAAAUCUAACUUUUUUUGUCCCUUUUAUUAUUAUUGUACUGACCAAAAAGGAGAGUACUUGCAUCUUAUUGUGCUGUAAUAAUCUUAAACACUAAAAUACCAAAUAAGAAUUUUCUUUACUGAUUUAAAGGUCCAAUUUAUUUAUGGGCUGGGAAACCAAGCCAGUUCAAAUGUAAAACUAAAGCAAAACGUCAGAUUUUUUUGUUUUACUUGGAUACUAAAUUUUAUAUUAGUCUUUUGUCCUAUUUCUACAGUUCUGCAUUGGUACAUUGCAUGGCUUGUUAGGUGAUGUCUCAGCGCUGCACAUUGUGCUUUCUUAGCGGAUGAGGAAGCCAUGGACUCCUCUGUCAAUGAAUAUAGUUUAGUACAGUGUUUCCCAACCCAGAGCUUGGGGACCCCCCCAGACAAUCCAUAUUUUUGCUCCCUCCGAGCGUCUGCAAAGACAUGGACCAACUGAGCGUCCCUGAGGACCUGACUGGGAAACACUGGUUUAAAGGAACUGUGCAUAAGAUUAUUUACAUGCCCGGAAGUGUCUGUUCUAAUGACUUGCACAGCUCUGGUGUUAACUGUGGUUUGCUGGGAUGAAGAAUUGCUACAUCACUUCUUGGGCUUUAAAAAUCAUUAUUAUUAUUAUUAAAGUUCCUGAGCAAAUCGCUGCAUGUUCCCGUUCACCACAGUGCCUUUUUUCAUGAAAAACAAAAGCACACAUUGGCUCCAUUCAGGUUCUACCUUGUAAUAUUACAUUUUACUUUUUCGUCAUUCCUACAGAGAUACUGAUUCCCAAAGUGCAAUGUGCUUCAGGUUAAUAAUGAAUCUGUCUCACUAAAUGCUCUGUUUAUUAAGUUAGUUUUAACUUUUUUUCCCAACUGACUGUUUGGGGUAAGGAUUAUUCUUUCUUUUCAAAGUUAUUUAUUUUUAUCCCAUUAUACACAAUUUGUACCAAAGAGUGAAAUAAAAGAUGUUGCGUUUAGAUUCUAA